AUGAACUUCGAGGAGGCCAUCCUUGGUGGCUACACCAUUCCCAAGGGCUCCAAGGUCGUUGUCAACGCCUGGUGGCUGGCCAACAACCCGGAGCUGUGGGAGAAGCCGGAGGAGUUCAGGGCGGAGAGGUUCUUGGGCGAGGAGAGCAACAUGGAUGCCACGAUCGGUGGCAAGGUGGACUUCCGGUUCCUCCCGUUCGACGUGGGCCGGUGCAGCUGCCUCGGCAUCAUCCUUGCACUUCCCAUCCUGGCGCUCAUCGUCAGGAAGCUUGUGAGGAGCUCCAAGAUGGUGCCCCCGCCAGGCAUGGACAAGCUCGACGUGAGCGAGAAAGGUGGGCAGUUCAACCUGCACAUUGCCAACCAUUCCACCGUCGCCUUCCACCCCAUCUCACCAUGA